GCAACCAGUCGCUCGACAUGGGCUAUGAGAAGCGCAUCGGCCCUAAGGACUGGCGGAGAAAUGUGGGCAACACGGUUAACGGCUAUGCGUCCGACGCCAUGUGCGACCAGAUUAUGCGUCACAACUCCCACUCGAAGGUUUUCCAGGACGCCUACCUCAACGCCUUCAUCCAGUACGACGUGCUGAACGCGGUGCUGAACGAGCCGCUGCAGACGAAACUGCUCAGCAUGUUGUCGCAUGUUGGCUACGCCACUUCUUGGUCCUAUGCUCACGUCGAUGCCUUCGACUCCGAUGGCGGCCUCACGUGGAGUCCCACCCGGAGUCCUGCUCUCAGCGACGACUCCGCCGUCAUGCAAAACUCUGCUUCCAGCCUCGACUACGGCCUCUCGCAGUGACUCGACCCUUCUCGACUGUUUGCAGCAUACGUCCCUCCCUAUCCAGCUCCACGCUAUCCCCCCCCCUCAUUCAGCUCUGCAGUACGCCCCCAGUCUCGUGAUGGAGUUAGGAUAUCCUUCUCUUCCUCAGGGACUCGCUCUCUCCAUGGACCAGCCAGCCAGCCGCCCUACAACAAAUCGAGCGUUCGCCCCCAACACUUCCAUUGCUCCGAAUCCCGCUCUCACAACACGGAUCUCUGUCCCAAUCCCGACCUCCACCCAGAGCUCCAGCGUUGAUAUCAAUGCCUAUGGUCUGCCUCUACACAAUGAGUACGCCAACUUCUCAGCGCUGGGUGGGAUGGUAUGAGCGUGGGCAGGGGCAGCAGCCAUGAGCCGGGACUUGGGUCUGAGCCAGGCAGCGUGGUGGGCGCCACAACAACUUCAGGUGCAGACGUAUGCAGUAGAGAGCUGGAGAAUGCUUUCGGCCUCGGAUUUCGGUUCAUCAAGUCUCCCAAGAUACAUGCUUAUAGCAUUAUUGCGGUUGGGCUACUCAUGGGGAGCUCAAAGGGCUGGUUCAACGACGCGCCUUGACUCCUCUUGCAAGACUAUUACAUCACGAAC